CAAAAGACCAAUCCUGUCUGCCUCUUCCCCCAGCGCUGUUAGCAUUAUUAUCAGGCUUAUUGUCAGCCAAUGGCCUGAGCCGACUGGAUGACAUCAUGGGCUAGGGAACAGUGAGCAGCCAGUGAAGCAUCCAGCCUGCCGGAGGAUCCAGGGUUUGGGGUCAGGAACCGGUCUGUCAACAGAAUGGCGAUCCUGCCAGCGGACUGUCAGUAGCACGCCACAUUCGGGAAUGAGCCCUUCCGAACAGAGGGAAGCAUGUCAGGCCGUAUCGCAGGACGCUGUGAGUGCUGCUAAAGAUGUCCCACAGUGUGGAACCUGAAGAGAAAGCACCAGCCCCCCCAUUGAGAAUGAACAGUAACAGCAGAGACUCUUCCUCAGUGAAUCUCAGCUCCAAACCGCUCCCAAUGGCUCCAGAGGAGAAGAACAGGAAGGCUCGACUGCGCUCCAUCUUUCCCGGAGGAGACAAGACCAAUAAGAAGAAGGAGAAGGAACGUCCGGAAAUCUCUCUGCCUUCGGACUUUGAGCACACAAUACACGUGGGCUUCGACGCUGUAACCGGGGAAUUCACCGGCAUCCCAGAGCAGUGGGCCCGACUCCUGCAGACCUCGAACAUCACAAAGCUUGAGCAGAAGAAAAACCCCCAAGCCGUUCUGGACGUCCUCAAAUUCUACGACUCCAAAGAAACAGUCAACAACCAGAAGUACAUGAGUUUUACCUCCGGAGAUAAAUCAGCACAUGGUUACAUGGCAGCUAACACUCUGAACCGGCUACUGUCCUCCGGACCACCUGCCAGCCUUAGAACCUGCAGCGCUUUAUUUGACAAGGGCACGAAGACUGCCUCCGAGCCUCCGCUAGCCCCUCCAGUGUCCGAAGAGGAGGAUGAUGAGGAUGAGGAAGAAGAGGAUGAUGAUGAUGAUGAUGAUAAUGAACUGCCCCCGAUUAUUGCACCCCGUCCAGAGCACACCAAAUCUAUCUUCACCCGCUCAGUCAUGGAGCCAGCGGCGCCCCCCGCCCCUGUGAAGGAGGACACAACCCCGCCCGAAUCACAGGCCCCCGAGAACACCUCCAGCACCCUGUACCGGCACACGGACCGGCAGAGGAAGAAGUCCAAGAUGACGGACGAGGAGAUUUUGGAGCGACUGCGAAGCAUUGUGAGUGUGGGGGACCCAAAAAAGAAAUACACACGCUUCGAGAAGAUUGGACAAGGAGCCUCUGGGACAGUGUACACAGCCAUUGACAUCGCCACCGGCCAGGAGGUGGCCAUCAAGCAGAUGACACUGCAGCAGCAGCCCAAGAAGGAACUGAUCAUCAAUGAGAUCCUGGUGAUGAGGGAAAACAAAAACUCCAAUAUCGUCAAUUACCUGGAUAGUUACCUGGUUGGGGAUGAGCUGUGGGUGGUGAUGGAGUAUCUUGCCGGAGGCUCCCUGACUGAUGUGGUGACGGAGACCUGCAUGGAUGAGGGGCAGAUUGCUGCUGUCUGCCGAGAGUGUCUGCAGGCUCUGGACUUCCUGCACUCCAACCAGGUGAUCCACCGAGAUAUAAAGAGUGACAACAUCCUCCUGGGCAUGGAUGGUUCUGUAAAACUGACGGACUUCGGCUUCUGUGCCCAGAUCACCCCAGAGCAGAACAAGCGCAGCACCAUGGUGGGCACCCCGUACUGGAUGGCUCCUGAGGUGGUGACCCGCAAGGCCUAUGGCCCUAAAGUGGACAUCUGGUCUUUAGGGAUCAUGGCCAUCGAGAUGGUGGAGGGGGAGCCACCCUAUUUAAAUGAGAAUCCUCUCAGGGCCCUGUACCUGAUCGCUACUAAUGGAACACCUGAGCUGCAGAACCCAGAGAGGCUCUCGUCGGUGUUUAGAGACUUCCUCAACCGCUGCCUAGAGAUGGAUGUGGACAGGAGAGGCUCUGCCAAGCAGCUUCUGCAGCAUUCGUUCCUGAAGUUAGCCAAACCUCUGUCCAGUCUGACGCCGCUGAUUGUCGCAGCGAAGGAAGCCAUCAAGAACAGCAGCCGCUAGCAGGGUCAUCCAUCCCAUCAUGCUCCCUGAUUGAGGGGUCCACUGUCAGGACAGCCUGAAGGACAGAAACUCCUCUAGCAGGGCAGGCAUUUCUGCUUUGGCCAAGAUUUCGAGCCAGACUUUUCUUUGUGCUGUGAAGCACUCUUUAAAUGUGGCAUUUUUCAGAAUAGCUUCCGUUCUGUAAAGGAGUCUGACUUUGCAGGAAGUCAUCCCUUAAAUACACCCCAUGUUCUUGGAGAGCGAUUGACAGGAGACUUAAAACCAGCACCCGUGUGCAAACUGCAUAAAGCCUUGUCCUGACCCUCCUGCCCUCCUCUCCCCCUGGAGUGGACCAGCAAAUCUCUGCUGAACAUUUUCAUGAGAGACUCCAGAAGCUCCAUGCACCUGCAUGACCAUGACUUUCCAGCGCAGUCUAAUGGAUCUGCUCCAGCCCAGUCUGAUGGAUCUGCUCCAGCGCAGUCUGAUGGAUCUGCUCCAGCGCAGUCUAAUGGAUCUGCUCCAGCGCAGUCUGAUGGAUCUGCUCCAGCGCAGUCUGAUGGAUCUGCUCCAGCGCAGUCUGAUGGAUCUGCUCCAGCGCAGUCUAAUGGAUCUGCUCCAGCGCAGUCUAAUGGAUUUGGUCCAGCGCAGUCGACUGGAUCUGCUCCAGCGCAGUCUAAUGGGCCUGCUGCAGCGCAGUCUAAUGGAUCUGCUCCAGCACAGUCUAAUUGAUCUGCUCCAGCACAGUCUAAUGGAUCUGCUCCAGCACAGUCUAAUGGAUCUGCUCAUAUCUUCCUUGUUGAAUGUGGAAGGUCAUUUGUAUGUACAUGUAUGCAAGUGUGUGAGUGAGUGUGUGUGUGUGUAUGUGUACGUGUGUGAUUUUGUGUUUGAGAGAAGAGGUAUACCUCCAAUAGAAAAGUUUCUUGCUCAUGAAAGCCGUUGGUGGAUGUGAUUAAGCCAUUGGUGGAUGUGAUUAAGCCAUUGGUGGAUGUGAUUUGUUUGGGGCAUCGCAGUGUUGCCCUAUUUCCGGGUGUGUAGCUUGUUGUUUAGUGCUCUGUGGGUUUGAUGAGGCUGCAGUAUGAAACGAUGUAUAUAUACACAUAUACAAAACUGAGAGGUGAAACACUAUUUAAUUGACAGAUUAGGUUUUUUCAUGGAUCUUAUUAAAAGACAAAGCUAACUUCCAGAUAAUAUGCAUAUUCUGGGGUCGUUUCACAAACUGGUGAUUUGUUUACUGAAUGAAGAGGGUGAGCUCAUAUGAUUAUGUAUUACCAAACCUGUGAUUUAUUGGAGCAAAAUUAAAUAUAAUCAUAAUUAAAUCGAAUUAUUACAUACGUCUAAAUACAUUGCAUUACAUCUAAUUAUAAUUUAUCAGCCUCUAUUUAUCAUCAUCUUUCUUCUAGAGCCUCAUCGUUAAAAAAUGCUUGGCUUGGCUUCGGCUGCAUGCCAUUUUAUGUAGAGUUGUUAUGACCUUUUAAAUUCAGCCCAUACACAAAAAUAAAUAUUUUAAUAGGGCCCUACUGUGUGUCACUUUCACAUCAUAUUGUCCUUUCAUAAUUGUACAAAAUGACAAAAUUGUGUUGUGUAUUAACAGAGAAUCAGGCAUCGAACAGCUUCCAGCUGAAUUAAGCAGUGUCAGGGCCCCCAGUCUCAGGUCUUCAGGCUUAUGCACUAUGUGCAUUUCCCACCCAUUCUGUGACGUAAAAACAUUCAUUUUUAAUGUAUUUAUGGACUAAGAACUCUGGAAAAAUAGAACUGAGUCUUUAGGUGAAUCCCAACAGAUCCUCAGAAUUCUGUUGACAUUUUCAUCAUGUGUGCUACUACCUUGUACAGAUAAUAUCAUAUUACUAAAUGGAAAGCUUUUAAAGGUGACUGCUUAUGUGCAUAACAUGGCUGCAAUUCCUUGGCUGUGGAAAAAUAUUUGAGCAUUUAAUAUGUCAGUAGCAUUCAUGUGAAACUGAUCUGUCCUGCAGCAACAUGCUUUUCAAUACAAUACAAUUACAGGGUGCUGCCAUCUUUUUUGUCUUCAUUAAAGUUGGCCUGAUUUCACAAUUAAAUUAAUUCCCUGCAUGAUAUGGCUAUCACCCAUUUGUGAAUCUACCCCAGGUCUAAAAAGCAGAUUCUACUGAUUUUACUGUACACUGACAAGCCAUUUGUACAAAUUAGUGAAAUUAUUGAGUGGGUCAUGGAUGUUUGUCUACAGUAUGUAAACGUCUGUCUAUCAAUGGAAUAUGUAUAUACUUUUUGUAAGGGGUGCUAUUUUUUAAAGAUUUUUUUUGUCUCUAAUUUCUGUUAAGCUUCCUUUUCCCCCAAACUGACAGUGGAACAGCGGAGGGUGGUGAUGUGCGUCAGGGGGGCAGUGGGUGUACAGACCCCCUAGUGAGAUGGUGUGUUUCUUCUUUUGAUUGUAUGAAGAGGGAAAUUCUGUAAAGAGGAGUGGAGGACGGUGCUCCCUGCGCUGCUGUAACUGCACCCUGUCCCACUCCGCUCUGUGUCCUGACUGGGAGUUUGAGCAGACGAUGUGGAAUGAGACACUCUGAUCAAAUGAAAGGGCCACAGAGGGUUUGGCUGAUCAUGCCGGUGGUAGAAUGUGCCCUGCUGCCCAUACGGGCGAUGGCUUCUCUGAAAACACCCGGCCUACACCCCCUUAUGUAAAUAAGCUUAGUAAAUAAGCUUGUUUCGGUCCCAACAGUCAACAGGUCUGUCACAGCCUUCCCAGCAUGGCCUUCCUCAGCAUGGUCCUUACGAACACCUGCGGGGAGUCUGCCCCUCCCACCUAAUCACUGUGACAGGUCAGGAUAAAACACU